AAAGCGUCGCGUCCCAUCCCGGAAAAGCUGCGUUCGCACAUGCCGAGACUUUUUUGCAAUUACCGUCGAUAUAGAAAGAAGUGCGGUUUUCAGUCUCGUCAUCAGUUGUUCCUGUUGCAUUUUCUAAGCCAGUCAAAACGACUUUGUCUGCAAGAAAUUGCGGGGUGACUCUUGUCGCCCCAAUUCUCACGUCGUCUAAUAUUGCUCCGCAAAGAUCUCCUGGGUGUUCUUUCUUCUCGCAGCGAAGUGGAAAUCAAGUCCAUACAGGGGAGCGGGAACGAACCAGUUGGCGAGGGUUAAAAGAAAGCACAGUGUAUCAGAAACAAGCGUGGUGUGCUCGAGCUGGAGCGCAAGAGAAAAUUCGCCAAAAACAGGAAGCUAAAAAUCGGAGAAGACAGGAGAUACAGUGCAGCUUCCUCGAGCUCCAGGUAGAAAUGCCUUCCUCUGAUGAAAAAGUCGUUGAUGGUAUGAGACACGGAGGUCACACUAGUGGCUAUUCACGUAAAUCCACUCGAAACGAACAUCAUCGAAGUCAACAGUCUUAUCAACAAGGACAAACCCGCCUCAACGGCGAUCGAUUGAGUUCAAGCGGAUCGACUGGUGUCAAUCAUGGACAAGAGAAUGAAGGUGCGGGUGUUACGGGGAACAGAAUACAACCAACCCCGCUUUUUCAAAGGAUCGUGACGGAGGAAGUUCAAGAAUUAAAAGCCUACGCAAGAAUGAUUGAAAAUCAGAGUCGCCGCUUGGUUGAUUUAGAGCGCACUCACAAGGAUCUUGAGCACCGGCUAGAAAUAGAGUCUCGGGGUCGGCGACAACUAGAAGUCACUCUGGAAGCCAGAGAAGGAGACUGGUCACGCAAAUAUGAAAAACUGAUUAAAGAGCGGGAUCAGUGGAAGGCUGAAAAGGAAAAAGAAGAAAAGAAAAACAAAGCACUACUGAAACACGUCAGUCGAAAGGAUCAAGACAUUCAUCGCAUGCUUCAAAGAAAAAAUCGAUUCUCACCCGAAAUAUUGCCUCCUCAUCAGUACGAACAUGAGAAUGUGAUGACAAGAUCUGUGCGGACCUUGAGGCAACCUCCUAUCGAGAGGGCAGAUCGUGUUGCUCCUAAUUCGGGAGCAACAACUCGAUCUCCAGAAGUAAGAGGAAGUCUACAGAGUCCUCAGGAUUACCUUGAAUUGUUUGGCAUGAAAGAGCAGGCGAGAGUCCGAAAUGUGAAGAGUCUUUUGCUCGACUUUUUUUGUGUUUGAUUUUGUGCAAGAGUCGGCGGCUAUGUGACGGAGGCGACGCUCGGCUAGGAUACCGGUCGCAUUGUGUGGCAGAAGGGCGGACCCCUCGAGAACGUUUUUUCUUCUGAUAACAUACCUCCAUCUGUACCUAGGAUCCAUGGUGUUGUCGUUGUUGUUGGUUUGAUUUGGUUGAAAGUGUCGAGUGUAGAAUGUGUUUAUAAGGGGUCUGGCUGCACAUACCAGAAUGCAAAGGUAGCGGUGAUAAAUAAUACCAUGAAAUUUUGCUGGCAAUGAAAAAA